CUGAUUGGUCGUCCACGAAUCCAUGUUUGAAACGUGGAUUUUCUUCGCUGGCCCGGUGGUGUUGUCUUCGUCUUAGUGGGUUGUUUACUGUAUUAAAGAUUGAAUAUAGGAUGCCAGUGCAUCCACGUGAUAGAAAAGAGAAUAACCACGAAGAAAUGGACGUGGACUAUCCAGAACAAGAGGCCAGCACCUCCGACGAAGAGGAGUCCGUGAGCUCGUCCGUCUCUGAGGAUGGAGACACUUCAGACAUGGAUGAUGAAGACUGUGAAAGAAGGCGAAUGGAGUGUUUAGAUGAGAUGACAACUCUCGAGAAGCAGUUCACAGACCUGAAGGAUCAGUUGUAUAAGGAGAGGCUCGGUCAGAUGGAUCUUAAAUUGCAAGAAGUGAUGGCUGGCAGUGCUGCAGAAUACCUCGAACCCCUGGCCACCCUGCAGGAGAACAUGCAGAUCCGAACCAAAGUCGCUGGUAUCUAUCGUGAGCUCUGCUUGGAAUCUGUCAGAAACAAAUAUGACUGUGAGAUGCAAGCAGCCAGCCAGCACUGGGAGAGUGAGAAGCUCCUGCUUUUCGACACGGUUCAGAGCGAACUGGAAGAGAAGAUCAGACGAUUGGAGGAGGACAGGCACAGUAUAGAUAUAACUUCAGAACUGUGGAAUGAUGGUCUGCAGUCUAAGAAGAAUAAAAAGAAGGAUCCUCUCAGUCCCGGAAAGAAGAAAAAACCCGUCGCUGUGUCAGGACCAUACAUUGUUUACAUGUUGCAAGACCUGGAUAUACUUGAAGACUGGACUGCAAUAAGAAAGGCUAUGGCUUCAAUGGGUCCUCAUAGGGUAAAAGUAGAUGCCCCUCUGAAACCAGAAAGACACCAUCAUGUUGCUCGAUCAGAAGAUGGACGUCUGUUCUAUGACAACAAAUGGUACAGCCGGGGUCAGGCCAUAUGCAUCAACAGGAAGGACGAAUAUCCUAUCAGUGCCACAAUAAUCAAUGUUAAUCAAGACGAGGUUUGGUACAAACGUCUGGAUGGCAGCAAAUCAAAGCUUUACAUCUCUCAGCUCCAGAAAGGCAAAUACACCAUGAAACACUCAUAAAUAGUGUUCUUAUCUUCCCCCUGCUCCCCGUUUCCAGUGUGGAAACCAAACCUUCGCUGGUUCAACUCUGUUCUCCGUUUGUCACCAUGACUGCUCGUUCAUGAUGGAGGGACUCGGGUCUUACAUGCAUGUACCACAUGUUUGCACUUCCUAAGUUAGAGCUGCUAAACAAACACCUGGUUGCCAAGGUGUGUGUGUGUGUGUGUGUGUGUGUGUGUGUGUGUGUGUGUGUG